AUGGCCAUUGGGCUGGAGAAGUCAGGGCAGAGGUUUCAAUGGGUAGUGCGGAGCCCACGAUGCAACCCUGAGGACGUGUUGGGUCCGUCACUCCCGGAGCCGGACCUCAAGGCCCUCCUCCCGGAGGGGUUUUUGGACAGGACCAAGAUGAAGCUCGGGGUGGAAAUGAAUGUCUACGAUGAAGAAAUGGUGAAGGCAAAGGAGGUGGAGACGAAUGUUAAGUGGGUGAUGGAGUCUCAAGGUGGGAUAUCGAUGGUGCUCCUGGAGCCGCCCGUCAAGUCAACCGCCUCCGGCGCCAGCUUCGUCGAGAGCCUCGCCGCCUCCAACCCGUCCGUCACCUUCCACGUCCUCCCGCCGAUCCCGCCCCCUGACUUCGCCAGCUCCACCAAGCACCCUUUCCUCCUCCUGCAGGAGCUGCUGGGCCAGUACAACGACAAGCUCGAGAGCUUCCUCCGCUCCACCCCCCGGGAGCGCCUGCACUCCCUUGUCAUCGAUAUGUUCUGCACCGACGCCAUCGACGUGUCCGCAAAGGUGGGCGUCCCCGUCUACACGUUCUUCGCGGCGAACGCUGGAGCUCUGGCCGUCCUAACCCAGACGGCGGCGCUGCUUGCCGGUCGGCAAACGGGCCUGAAGGAGCUCGGGGACACGCCCAUCGAGUUCCUUGGCGUCCCGCCGAUGCCGGCGUCCCAUAUCAUCAGGGAGAUGCUCGAGGACCCGGAGGACGAGGUGUGCAAGACCAUGGCGGAGAUCUGGAAGCGCGACACGACGGACACCCGGGGCGUCCUGGUCAACACCUUCGACUCACUGGAGGGCCGGGCCCUGCAGGCGUUCAGGGACCCGCUGUGCGUCCCUGGCAAAGUGUUGCCUCCUGUUUACUCCAUCGGACCGUUGGUUGGCACGGGCGGCACGAAGAGAGAGGAAGCGGAGAAGAGGCACGACACAGGUUUCAUCAAGGCUGAGGAGAUAGAGACGAAGGUGAGGCUUGUGUUGGAGUCCGAGGAGGGGAUUAGAACGCGAGCGGCAGAGCUGAAGAAAGAGGCACACGCGGCGUUGGAGGACGGGGGAUCGUCACAGGCGGCAUUUCUCCAAUUCUUGUCAGAUGUUAAGAAUUUUAGUGAGUAG